UCUAGCCCCGAGGGACGAAAUGGAAUCGUUAUUCAAGAACUGUAGGCACUAGUCAAAUUUCGUUCUUAAACUUCAUACGAGCUCCGUACAUGAGCGACCGGAAUACAUUCGUAAGAGCUGCAGAUGAUCCACGUUUACUAAAAAGGACCAAAAAAAUUAAAAUUUGAUGCGCAUGCGCAUUGUGCUAAAAAUCGACGCUACACCUGAGAAGCUAGCGUGUAUGAAUGUGUGUGAAAGUUCGUAGAUGGAGUUAGUACACGUUAGGAAUGUACGAUUUCUUUACAAAGCGAUACUGAAGUUGCACAGAGGAUUACCAAAGGAACUGCAAAUUAUAGGAAAUGGUUAUGUCCGAGAUGAAUUCAAGAGACAUAAAAGCUGUACUCCACAUGAAACCGAAUUGUUUAUGUCCGAAUGGACGAAAUAUGCUGUCUCCCUUGCUGAACAGUUGAAGCUAAAAGGAGUUAAUAUGAAACAGUUCGGUGCGCAGUUGGAUGAGGACCGCAUCGAGCAGAUGAGAGAUGACCAGCUAUACCAGUUGUAUGAGCUAAUGGUUGCUGCGAAAGGAGAAAAUGCAAUUGAGCAUCAAUAAGUUGACUGCUUAGCAUUGAUAUGGUUGUGAUUAUAAAGAUUUGAACUGCUGAAGGUAUACCACAAAUAAUAUAAACCAACAGGUUUAGAGAUCCCCUCACAUCAGUGUUCAAUGUUAUGCUAACAUGAGUACAACUGUAGUGAAUACUUGAAAUGUUUGUUUUGAUCUAUCUGUUAUCUCAAAGGAGAUCAGAAUCCCUUUGCUAUGAAUAUUACAGGGAAGACAGGGCCUGUUCCAGCAAUUUUGACAUGGAAUAGUGUUUGCUGACAAAGAAAAGUGUGCCUUUGUUUUCAAAUUCCUAUAUAGUUGUUAUUUAUGCAAGCAUUGUUAUCUGCUUAAAAUAAUAAAUUUUAUGAAACAGUAAA